GCGCUCUUUACGUCGGAACCCUGGGAGUGUGUGUUUCCGGCCAUUCAUAUUCGUAGCCGGUUGGCGCUCGGUUGUUGGGUUUUGUGCACUAUCGGACCGAAAGGGUGACGGCGCCGCUAGGAUGAAGCUUGUGAGAUUUUUGAUGAAAUUGAGUCACGAAACUGUAACCAUUGAAUUAAAGAAUGGAACACAAGUCCAUGGAACAAUCACAGGUGUAGAUGUCAGCAUGAAUACACAUCUUAAAGCUGUGAAAAUGACCCUGAAGAACAGAGAACCUGUACAGCUGGAAACGCUGAGUAUUCGAGGAAAUAACAUUCGAUAUUUUAUUCUGCCAGACAGCUUACCUCUGGAUACACUUCUCGUGGAUGUCGAACCAAAGGUGAAGUCUAAGAAAAGGGAAGCUGUUGCAGGAAGAGGCCGAGGCCGAGGAAGAGGAAGAGGACGUGGCCGAGGCAGAGGAAGAGGGGGUCCUAGGCGAUAAUAUCUCUCAAGACAACUAUUUCAAAGUAGUAGGUUUUGUUUGUUUAUAACAGACAAAGAAGAAGACGGCAGAGGAAGUCUACGUGGCUAAGUUAGAAGAUGGUGGAGUCCUAAGCAAAUUGUGUCUCUCAAGAUUAUGAUUUCAAAGUGAUCGAUGCCCCGGCUGCUUUUUGUACAGGCUUUGUUUGUUUGUGGCAGUUUUUAAUAAACAUAAAUGUAGGA